GACCCAUGUGAUUUCUGGGAAACUAAUCGAGGACCUGUUUGACAGAAACAACGCGGAAACACCAGGAGAAAAACAAGUGGCCUAAAACAUUUCUACGGUGAAAUUAGUAAAACUAGGCGAUUUUUGGGAUCAAGAAGCUGGGGCUCUGGAAGUAUUUCACCCAAAUACUUUCGAUUUCAUAUUUCACUAAGAUCUGCGAGUCAGGAUACCACUCAAAUAAUGAACGGAGAGCUUGUUAGCAGUGAGGAUGAACAGAGCCUUGCACGAGCAGUAGCAGAGCUGGAACAAUGGAAGAUGAAAGUAGAGCAAGCCGAUCAAGAAAAAUCAAGACUGACUUUGGAUAAACUGGAUACAGAUGGGACAAAGAAGCAAGCCCAGAACUCUACAACUAAGCUCUUACAAGCCCAACAAGAACUUGCUGAAGAUUCUGUAAAUCAAAUGAAGGAGAUUGAGGUACAAAUCCAAACCAUAGAGAGAGAGAACACAGAUCUGAGGAAUAAUCUGGAGAGGUUCCAUGAAGAAAGGAAAGUAAAAAAGGCUGAAAUUGACACAUUUCAGAGGAGGUUUAAGAUAAGAGCUGAAAUCCCUGAGAAGUGUCUGAAGUUUUCUGAGGUGGAGAAAGCAGAGAGGGAGGACCUCUGCACAGACACAAAGGGGGUCUUCACCAUCACUCAGAGGCCCUGCACUGUUCUGAGUGGAGGAGAAGCGCUCAUCACCUUUGAGGAGGAGAAAGUGGCACAGCAGAUCCUGCGAUUGGCCAAGUGCUCCGUGGUUGUUGACCAAACCAAGAUGGAUGUGAAGCCGUUCUGCUUGGAUCUGGAGCCUUCUGUGAAAUUUGAGGUGCACCUGCAGGUCUCUAAGAAGACAGUGCAGGUCUCUCAGGCUCCCCCUGUCCUGCCUGAGGAACGUAUGAGGGACAGGCUUGAGAUCAGUUUCUCCAAGCCGAGUCGCGGAGGAGGCGAGGUGGAGAGUGUCUCUUACGACAGGAGCUCUGGGACUGCUCAGAUCACCUUCCUCAACACUGGAGUUGCAGAGAGGAUGGCUCUGAGUGGGAGGUACCCUUUGGAUGCUGGCGGAGAAACUAUGGUAGAUGUUGCCCCCCUUUACCAAUACCAGCUGAAAAAGUUCCAGACCUACUGUGGCACUCCCACACGUUCCAUACUGCUGAGGGGGAUCCAGGACGCCAUGGAGGAGGAGGAUAUGCAGGAUUAUCUGGAAAUUCACUUCCAGAAGCCAAGCAACUACGGGGGAGAGGUGGAGAGCAUUAAAUACGUCUCCAAAGGCAUGGAGGCGAAGGCUUUCUUUAGUGAGGACCUUGGCGUGAAAGCUUAAAUCUUACAGUGUCAAAUGCAAAGGGUUUUCAUGCAACCACAUAUCCUAAGCCUCAAAAAUGUAUAGGAAUAAUAGUAGAUUUUGAUUGAACAUUUUUCUUGUUAUUAAUGACAUAAAGCUUUAGUUUGAAGGUUUGUUCCACAGUUGGUGGAUGCAAAAUCUUAACAUGGUUAAUAUGUGGGGAAAAUUUACUUCAAGUUCACUUCAGUUUAAGUACUUGAACUAUGCUUUGGCUUUCUGGUUUAUUAUACAAUACAUAUAUCUAUACAUAUCUCUAUUCAGGAAGUAUGAAGGGGAGUUUAUUUGUUCUAUAGUACUAUAAUACAUAAUACUACCACUCAGCAUAGCUCUAUUGUUCUCUUGUUCAGCUGGGCAACCUAUUUUUUCCUGACUUAUGACAUAUCAAGCAAUUCUUUUGAGUAAUAGCCAAGACCUAUAAAAAAAACUACCAUGCCAAUUAUCAUGCCAAUUAUCAUGCCAACAGUCAUCAUAUGGGUACAGAAAUCAUGCCAUCAAGUACACAAUAGCUUAGAAAUUACUACCUUCCAUUGUAAUUAUAACAUAUCAACAUACUGCAACAACAACAUCAACACCAUCUAUGCAAUUUAACAUGAGAAAAUGGCAAAGAUAAUUUUUUUGAAUUCAGCACAUUAAAUAAAAUGCAGCUGAAACUGAUACAAUACCAAAAUUGUGGAGUGUGUGCGCUACAUAGGAGUACGUUUAAAACUACAGUAUAGGGAGAAAUCGUUGUUCAUGUGCUGCAAGAACCGUUUGCAUGCAUGUUUCUCAGAUGGAAAUUCAUUAUCAGCCUUGUGAUGAUGUAGCCUAAUUAUAAACGGUAAUAAAAACCUUUAACAUAC